AUGAAUGGUGAAAAUGUUAAGAAGCAAGUUUGUAAAACGUUACAGCGUACGGGAGGAUGUAAUAUGUAUAUAAGAAGAAUGUAUAGGUUAUUAAUAACUUUAAAACCAAGAGGAUUUAUUUUAGGAAUAAUAUAUAUUCUAUAUAUAAAUGUAUUAUGUAUUCAUGAGAAGAACAGUAUUUCAAAGUUUGAUUUAGAUAGAAAAUAUUCAAAAAUGUUAUGUGAAUUGUAUACAGCUAAUAGAGUUUAUUUUACAAAGAAGAACCAUGAAUUAAAUUAUGCUUGUAAUAAUAAUACAUAUUCAAAUAAGGAUAGGCAUUUAGAUAAUUUUGAUAAUGUUGACAAUUUGGAAGAUGUUGACAAUUUGGAAGAUGAUUAUAAUUUUGAAGAUUUUGACAAUUUUGAAGAUGACAAUUUUGAUGGUAAAAAUACUUUUGAUGAUGCAAAUUAUUUUAAACAUGAAUGUGAUUUUGAUACAUAUGAAAGGUCUACAGGUAGUAAAAUAAAUGUUGAAGAUAAGGAUAAUAAUAUAAAUGAUAAGAAUAGUUUUAAGUUACCUACAGAAUAUAACGAAAUAAGUGAUAAUGAUGAUAUUAUAAAUAAUGAAGAAAUAAUUUUAAAUUUUGAUGCGUAUUAUAAAAGUAAUAGUUUACAUAUAUCAAAUGAUAAUGAUUUAAUGGAAUAUAUAAAAAAGAAUUAUGGUAAAAUGACUAUGGAGGAAUUAUAUGUUAUAUAUUUUUAUGUACAUGAAAGUGAAAGAAAAAAAUAUUUGAAUAUGGAAUGGCAACUAUAUCUCUAUUGUGAAAAAUUAGCAAAUAAAUAUAAUAUACCAGAUGAUUAUAAGUUAAAAACAUGGAAAAAAGCUUAUAAUGAUGUUCAUGAAUUUUAUUUGAAUAAAGAAAAAGGAUUUUAUAAAAAUAUUCGAAAAAUUAAAGAUGGUGAAUCUCGUAAUACAUUACUUACUAUAAAUAUUUUAAAAGAUACAUGGAAAAAAUUCAGAGAAAUGAUGAGUAACAUGUGGUGUGAAAAUAUUUCUGUUAAAUUCGCGAAUUAUUCCAAAAAAUCUUUAAAAAAGAAGGUAUUAAUUCAAAAGUUUUAUAAAAAAUGA